CAUAUUCAUAGCGGCCGGCAUAAAAGUAGACUCUGCGUCACUCUCCUGCUCAUUCGUUUCGAUUGGGUGAAGUCCAUUUUCUCUCUCCUCUCUUCUCUUCCAUACCCGUCUGUGCAUCAAAUCGUCAUGGCGUCAAACACAGGCAGCGGGCAAGAGGCCCUUCCUCCCGUCAACCUCAAGCCGUUGUUGACCAAGCUCUGGCCAACGGACAAUCUAGUGACUCCCGAUGAGAUUGCAGAGGCAAUCUCCCAUUUCUUCACAAACCAGGUGACCGAGGCCCAGACAGCCUCGCUCCUCAUGGCUCUGCAUUUCACCAAGCUCGACUUCAAAGCGGAUGUUUUGGAGCGUUGCGCCUAUGUAAUGAGAAAAGCCGCAGCGCCCAUUCCGGUCAAGGAGCUCCAGAGUGUCAUUGAGGCGCGGGGAAGAAAAGAGGGCACGUACAAGGGCGGACUGUGCGACAUAGUUGGUACUGGAGGCGACUCUCACGACACCUUCAAUGUCAGUACAACUUCAUCGAUUCUCGCCUCUUCACUGCUUCUGGUCUCCAAGCACGGCAACAAGGCAAGCACAUCAAAAUCAGGCAGUGCCGACAUGGUCAGCUGCAUGAAGCCUCGGGCGCCUAUUAUCAGCGCCGUGAAGCCGGAUACCCUGGUCAAGGUCUACUCCCAUACAAACUACAGCUUCCUCUUUGCGCCAGUCUUCCACACCGGCAUGCGCUACGUCGCUCCUAUCCGGAAGCAGCUCCCCUGGAGGACUAUUUUCAACAACUUGGGCCCAUUGGCAAACCCGGUGGAAGACGUGUUGGAAGCUCGAGUCAUCGGCGUCGGAAGACGAGAUCUCGGCCCCGCUUUUGCCGAAGCCUUGAGAGUUGCCGGCUGCCACAAGGCAUUGAUUGUCUGUGGAGAAGAGGAAUUGGAUGAAAUCAGCUGCGCAGGCAAUACGCUCUGCUGGAUGCUGAAAGAAAAGUCUCCCGGAGGAGAGAUUGUGGUCGAGCAUUUCAAAGUCCACCCCAGCGACUUUGGUGUCCGCACCCACGCCUUGAACGAGGUCUCCUCCGGAAAGGAGCCUCAGGAAAAUGCGGAUAUUCUGGUUCGCAUCUUGAAAGGCGAACUUCCCCUGGAUGAUCCGGUCGUCGAAUUUGUUCUAAUCAAUACUGCUGCCCUUCUUGUCGCAUCUGGUAUCUGCGAAGCGGAUAGCAGUGACAUGGGCCAUGGCGAUGACGGAAACGUCAUCAAAGAACGUGGCCCUGGCGGCCAACGUUGGAAGGAAGGUGUUCGAAGAGCUAAGUGGGCUAUCACCAGUGGUGAAGCCUGGAGACAGUGGCAAGCGUUUGUCGAUAUUACCAAUGAGAUUGGAAACUAGGCGCUCUGCCGGGCAGAGCCAAAGUAGUAUUUCUUAAUCAUAGAAAUCCACCAAGAGUGGAAUUGCGCUUAAGACAAGAUAUUUCGAUAUCUUUCCAUGACUUGAAGGCGAUGUUAUGAACGAGUUUGCGAUGCCUGCGAUGGAAGGAGAGUGCGCGGAUCACGUUCAACCUCGUAGUUUGCCGGCAGUGAUCGGUUGGAUCUAACGGAAGAGUUGGAGUGCGGCCUAGUCAUCGGAGGUAAUGAGCGUCGGUCGAGCUCAUUUGUGGAAAGGCCAAG